AUGAGUCAACAACACAUCACAGAUACAUCAACAAGGAGACAAACCUCUUCUUUCUCCUCAUCACUUCUGUCCGAUCAUUCCAUGAUUGAUGAUAGUGUUACCGAUGAAAUGGAAGUCACUCUAUCGUGUUUAAAUUAUGGUGUAACUACAACUCUAUUACAAGAAAAUUCCGAUAUUGAAUCAACAAGACAAUUUUUAAUGUCGGAAGUGAUAGAUGAUCCUAAUGUUGAUAGGAGUAAAUUUGUGAUUGUUUUUCACGAUAUUAAAACAAACAAGGACAUUAAAAUUACCUCUAAUACUCAAUAUAGACUGCUGUGGAAGAAACUCUUAUUACUACCACCAGAACAAAGAGAAAUCGAUCUUAUGGAUCGAGAUCAAUAUAUUACAUCUGUUAAUCAAACAAGAGAAUACUUUUUCAGUCCAACAACCUCUAGAAGCUUUUCAACACCAAUGAGAAAUAUGCCAGUCGAAAGCUCAUUAUCACAAAGUCCAUACAGCAAUAGUCAACAUUCAAUUCCAAUGAUGCCUCCAUCAAUUUCACCUCUUUCCCCUCCUCAAACUCAUCUAGUUAGACAAUCUCCAAUUCAAGAAACUAGUUCAUCACAACAAUCCAAUUCGAAUACUACUACCAACAACAUUCAAUCCCCUGUAAUUCAUGCAUCUGUUAAAACUAGAACAAAGAAGAGGCAAGCCCGACCUACUAUUAGCAUCACUCCAGAAACGAAAGACGAAACAGUACCUCCAACAGUAGCCGAAGAUUCACAAGAAAUUGUUUCACCCUCAACUAGUGUGCCUAUUGUUAAUGAGAUACAGCAACAACCACAAGAAGAAGUAUUAGAACCUGUUCCUGUUAAAUCUAGGCAAGGACGCAGACAAAAAGUCAAAAUUGAACCAGUUGAGGAUUCACAAGAUUUGGUUGUGAAAACUGAAGAACCAUUACUAUCUGAAGACGAGAUUGAAAUAGUUCCAAAAAAACAAAGACAAGCAAGAAGAAAGACAAUUGCUAAGCUUCCAGUCACAGAAAGAGAAGAAGAACAAGAGAAACAUCCUUUUGAAUCUUCUCUAAAGAAACAAAAAUCAUCACCAAAAAUCUUUAAUCAAAACGUUGAAGUAUUCUCAAGAAAGCAGGAAUGUGAUACAAUAAUUAACUUUAUCCAAAACUGUUAUGAAGAUUUUAAUCCCCAAAAGAAUGUGCUUUUUAUUUACGGAACUAAUGGUCAAGGAAAAACAAUGGUAACAACUUCAGUAUUUGAUGCAUCUUGUUUGGAAAAGUAUCAAUUGAAUUUAGCUGGUUCAGAAAAAGCAUCUGAUUUGAUAUAUAGGCUCUAUGAAAAAGUUUACACUCGAUCAACAGAUUCAACAAAGAAGCAAGAGAGAAUCACCAAGUUAUUGGAGUAUUUCAAUAAGAAGCACACACCAGCACUCAUCUUACUUGAUGAAUUUUCAUAUAGCAAGCAUAACAAAUAUCUGGAACAAAUUCGAGUGGCUAAAGUAAUAAUAUUGGCCAUCACCAACGAUCCACCAAAGAAUCCAGGUAUUAACUUUUUGGCAUUUAAUCAGUAUGAACAGGAUGAUAUUACCUCAAUCCUUGUUCAUGAAUACAAGCACAAGAUUUCAGCAGAUAUGAUUCAGAAAAUGAUGGGUCUCUUAAAGAACAAACAUGAUAUGAGACAAAUUAAAUCAUUUGUGGAAACUCACUUGAUUCCAAUUGCUCAUACCUUGGAUACAAGUAAGCUGAUAAAACUUGUAAAUACACAAUUUAGCAGAAAAUUGGAUAUACUAAAAGGAUUAGGUCAGACAACAAUUGAAGUACUUGUCAUACUUUGCUGUGUUGCAUCUGAGAAGGAAAAGUUUAAUGGAGAAAUAACCUCUGAGGAAUUUAGAAGAAAAUAUGAAGAGAUACUUGAUGACGAUUUCAGAAGUAACUUUACUGAAAUUGCAGAUAGUACUGAAAAAUUAGCGCAAGAGAAUUAUAUUGUAAAACAAGGAAUUACUGGUGAUAUUGUUCUGAACAUUGCUCCUGAUCUCGUUUUGAGUUCAGAUAACAAAACUGUAAAGAAAAUCCUAUCAAAUAGAAAAUAA